AUGGCUACAGCUUUGGAGGACUUGAAAUUGAACCCUUUGUGGGUUUACAGGUUCUCAAACUACACCAAUGAAUCUUCCGGCGUUUCUGCCAACGAACUCCUCAAGACUUGGAACUUUCAACCUCAUCUCAUGAAUGUUAUUAGGGAGAAGAAGAUAAAUCAGUUUUUUCCAGUUCAGGAGAAAUCCAUCCCUUUAUUGAUAAACAACACUUACAGAGACAAAUAUUCAGUUUUAUCCUGCGAUUUUAUCAUAACUGCUCCGACAGGACAAGGAAAAACACUCUGCUACGCAUUACCACUAAUUUACAAUAUCCUAAAUCUCAAAGAGAACCGAUUAUUGAGUCUAAUAAUUGUACCGAGUAGAGAACUUGUAAAACAAAUUUAUGAAGUUUUUUCAUGGUUUACGGAUUCCAAAACUACUGGACAUGAUCUCAAAGGCCCUUCUUUAAAGGCUAGAGUGUUUUAUGGAGACCGUUCUUUCGUAAAAUGCCAUGAUAUGUUGGUUAAUGACCCUCCACAUAUCGCAAUUUGUACUCCAGGAGUGCUUGUGGAAUAUUCUGUUGAUUUCCAGAGGGAGUUUUACGACACAUUUGAGCAUUUAAAGUGGAUUGUGAUUGACGAAGUUGACACAAUGUUAAACCAGACCUUUUAUGAAUGGGUAGAUGUUGUAGUUGACCUAGUUAGCAGACUUAAAUCAAAGGAGCCAAACCAGAGCCUAGGAGUGCCACAAAAAAUACUCGUCUCAGCUACAGUGCCACUUAAAUCACACGAUAUCGAAUUGCUUGAAUUAAACAGACCAAUUUUACUAAGAUUAAAAGAAAGUAUUUAUAAAUUGCCGGAAAAUCUAAAACAGAGUUACGUGGUUUGUUCAAACAGGCCUGUUUCACUGGAGUUUCUCAAACUUAUGGCUUUUCUGUACAAGGAUGUUACUGGUAACGUCCUGGUCUUCUUCUCAAAAGUACAGACAUGCCAUAAAAUAACAAGAUUGAUGCAAAUAUAUAAUCUCAAACAUGGUGGAGGAUUUAAGGCUAUUGAAUUGACAGGAAGAAUGCCGCAAAAACAAAGAAACAACGCAAUUAAAACCUACAAGGAUGAAGAUAGAGUUUGUUUGUUGUGUUCAGAUGUGGCAUCAAGAGGGAUGGACCUUUCAAACACCAAUGUGGUAGUGAGCUACGACUUCCCAAAUAAACUCUCAAGUUAUAUACACAGAGCAGGAAGAACAGCCAGAGGAAAUAAUAAGGGAACGUUUUGUGUGUUUGUGUCCAACCAGACCGAGAAAAAGUUCCACAAUUUCAUGAACAAACUGAAGAUAGAUGAAGAGAAAUUGAAAAAAAUCGAGCUGGACAUAGUUCUAAACCAAAAGAAGGUGGAAGAAAUAAAUGAAUCAUACAAGCUAAUUCUUGAAAUGACAGGAAAAGCCUUAGAAUUGGAGUCCUCAGGAGAUUUGGAAUAUAGUUCAGAUUUAAGUGGAAGUCUAGAAUUACUUAAACCAAACACUAAAACAGAAGAAUGA